AUGUCACUAAACAAUUCUUCCAGCGUGUUUCUGGACUCAGUACCCAGUAAUACCAAUCGCUUUCAAGUUAAUGUCAUAAACGAGAGCCACGAGAGCAGCGCUGCGGCGGACAGCACCGACCCUCCACAUUAUGAGGAGACCUCUUUCGGGGAGGAAGCCCAGAACAGAUGCAGAAUCAGCUUUAGGCCUGGGAAACAGGAGUGCUAUGACAAUUUCCUCCAAAAUGGAGAGACUGCUAAAACAGAUGCUAGUUUUCAUGCUUAUGAUUCUCACACAAACACAUACUACCUACAAACCUUUGGCCACAACACUGUGGAUGCUGUUCCCAAGAUCGAGUACUAUCGCAACACAGGCAGCGUCAGUGGGCCCAAGGUCAACAGACCCAGCCUGCUUGAGAUUCACGAGCAACUUGCAAAGAAUGUGGCAGUGGCCCCAGGUUCGGCUGACAGGGUUGCUAAUGGAGAUGGGAUGCCUGGAGAUGAACAAGCUGAAAACAAGGAGGAAGAAGAUAAAUCCGGUGCUGUGAAGUUUGGAUGGGUGAAAGGUGUGCUGGUAAGAUGCAUGCUCAAUAUCUGGGGUGUCAUGCUCUUCAUUCGUCUCUCCUGGAUUGUCGGGGAAGCUGGAAUUGGUCUUGGAGUUCUCAUAAUUCUUCUUUCCACCAUGGUAACUUCUAUUACUGGGUUGUCAACUUCCGCAAUAGCAACUAACGGGUUUGUUCGUGGAGGUGGAGCCUACUAUCUAAUUUCCAGAAGCUUAGGGCCAGAAUUCGGUGGGUCAAUAGGCUUGAUCUUUGCUUUUGCCAAUGCAGUGGCUGUUGCUAUGUAUGUGGUGGGAUUUGCUGAGACUGUGGUAGACCUUCUUAAGGAGAGUGAUUCAAUGAUGGUGGAUCCAACCAAUGAUAUCCGGAUAAUUGGCUCAAUCACGGUGGUGAUUCUUUUAGGAAUUUCAGUAGCUGGAAUGGAAUGGGAAGCAAAGGCUCAAGUGAUCCUUCUGGUCAUUCUUCUUAUUGCUAUUGCAAACUUCUUCAUUGGAACCGUCAUUCCGUCCAACAAUGAGAAAAAGUCCAGAGGUUUCUUUAAUUACCAAGCAUCAAUAUUUGCAGAAAACUUUGGGCCGAGCUUCACAAAAGGCGAAGGCUUCUUCUCUGUCUUUGCCAUUUUUUUCCCAGCAGCUACUGGGAUUCUUGCAGGUGCCAAUAUCUCAGGAGAUUUGGAGGACCCCCAAGAUGCCAUCCCCAGAGGAACCAUGCUAGCCAUUUUCAUCACCACUGUCGCCUACAUAGGAGUUGCUAUCUGUGUAGGGGCCUGCGUGGUCCGAGAUGCCACUGGGAACAUGAAUGACACCAUCAUUUCCGGGAUGAAUUGCAACGGCUCAGCAGCCUGCGGGUUGGGCUAUGACUUCUCAAGAUGUCGACACGAGCCGUGUCAGUAUGGACUGAUGAACAAUUUCCAGGUCAUGAGCAUGGUGUCAGGCUUUGGCCCGCUCAUCACAGCUGGCAUCUUCUCCGCAACCCUCUCCUCGGCCCUGGCCUCCCUCGUCAGCGCCCCCAAAGUGUUCCAGGCUCUGUGCAAGGACAACAUCUACAAAGCCCUGCAGUUCUUUGCAAAAGGCUAUGGGAAAAACAAUGAGCCACUGAGAGGAUACAUUCUCACUUUUGUUAUAGCCAUGGCAUUCAUUCUUAUCGCGGAACUGAACACCAUCGCCCCCAUCAUCUCCAACUUUUUCCUGGCCUCGUACGCACUUAUUAAUUUCUCCUGCUUCCAUGCCUCUUAUGCCAAAUCGCCAGGAUGGAGACCUGCAUAUAGAAUUUACAACAUGUGGGUAUCUCUCUUUGGAGCUGUUUUGUGCUGUGCAGUCAUGUUUGUCAUCAACUGGUGGGCAGCUGUCAUCACCUAUGUCAUUGAGUUCUUCCUCUACAUCUAUGUGACCUAUAAGAAGCCAGAUGUGAACUGGGGCUCCUCCACACAGGCUCUUUCCUACGUGAGUGCUUUAGACAAUGCUUUGGAAUUAACCACAGUGGAAGACCAUGUAAAAAAUUUCAGGCCCCAAUGCAUUGUCUUAACAGGGGGACCCAUGACAAGACCGGCUCUCUUGGACAUAACUCAUGCCUUUACCAAGAACAGUGGCCUUUGUAUAUGCUGUGAAGUCUUUGUGGGACCGCGCAAGCUGUGUGUUAAAGAGAUGAACAGUGGCAUGGCGAAGAAGCAGGCCUGGCUUAUAAAGAACAAAAUCAAGGCUUUUUAUGCUGCAGUGGCAGCAGACUGUUUCAGGGAUGGCGUCCGAAGUCUCCUUCAGGCCUCAGGCUUAGGAAGAAUGAAACCCAACACCCUGGUGAUUGGAUAUAAAAAAAACUGGAGGAAGGCUCCCUUAGAAGAGAUUGAGAACUACGUGGGAAUCAUACAUGAUGCAUUUGAUUUUGAGAUUGGUGUGGUCAUAGUCAGAAUCAGCCAAGGGUUUGACAUCUCUCAGGUUCUUCAGGUACAAGAUGAGUUAGAGAAAUUAGAACAGGAGAGGCUGGCUUUGGAAGCCACUAUCAAAGACAAUGAAAGUGAGGAAGGAAGUGGAGGCAUCCGAGGCUUGUUUAAAAAAGCUGGCAAACUGAACAUUACCAAACCAACUUCUAAAAAAGACAGCAGCAUUAACACAAUCCAGUCUAUGCACGUGGGGGAGUUCAACCAGAAGCUGGUAGAAGCCAGCACCCAAUUUAAAAAGAAGCAAGGAAAAGGCACAAUUGAUGUUUGGUGGCUGUUUGAUGAUGGAGGGUUAACACUUCUUAUCCCCUAUAUCUUGACUCUCAGAAAAAAAUGGAAAGACUGUAAAUUAAGAAUCUAUGUCGGAGGGAAGGUUAACCGCAUUGAAGAAGAAAAAAUUGCAAUGGCUUCCCUUCUGAGCAAAUUUAGGAUAAAAUUCGCAGACAUCCAUAUCAUUGGUGACAUCAACAUUAAGCCAAACAAAGAGAGCUGGAAAGUCUUUGAAGAGAUGAUAGAACAAUAUCGGCUCCAUGAAAGCUGCAAAGAUUUAACAACUGCUGAGAAAUUAAAGAGGGAAGCUCCAUGGAAAAUUACAGAUGCUGAACUGGAAGCAGUCAAGGAAAAGAGUUACCGCCAAGUUCGACUGAAUGAACUCUUACAGGAGCACUCAAGAGCUGCUAAUCUCAUAGUCCUGAGCCUUCCAGUGGCAAGAAAAGGAUCUAUAUCAGAUUGGCUGUACAUGGCUUGGUUGGAAAUCCUCACGAAGAACCUCCCUCCUGUCUUACUAGUUAGAGGAAACCACAAAAAUGUCCUGACAUUUUACUCUUAA